GUGGUUUGUUCUUUGAACAAGUGAAGGAAAGAAUCAUGGCUGCUUGGAAUUCAGUUCCGCUGCAUGUCUCCUAUGAAGUUAUGGGUUGGUUUGCUUUUGCUUCCUGGUCCAUCAGUUUCUAUCCGCAAGUCAUCUUGAACUUUCGCAGAAAAAGUGUGGUGGGCUUGAACUUUGAUUUCGUGUUGCUGAAUUUCACGAAACACUCUUCGUAUCUCAUAUACAAUGCAUCUCUGUACAUCAGCUCUACUGUUCAGAAACAGUACAGAAACAAAUAUGGUCAGAAAGAGAUGAUACCUGUGGCAGCAAAUGAUGUUGCUUUUUCAGUCCAUGCUGUUUUGCUGACAGCAAUUUCCUUGUUCCAGAUUGCUGUAUAUGAUCGGGGAAGUCAGAAAGUCUCUAAAAUCGCAUAUGGAGUUCUCCUUGUUACAUGGACCUCUGCAGCAGUCUGUUUCUUUGUAGCAUUGCACAAUCAUAACUGGCUCUGGCUAAUCUCAAUCUUCUCUGACAUUCAAGUUUGUAUGACGGUUAUAAAAUACAUUCCCCAGGCAGUGAUGAACUUUAUGAGAAAAAGUACAGAAGGCUGGAGCAUUGUUAACAUUCUACUCGACUUUUCUGGCUCCGUAGCUAACUAUGCGCAAAUGUCUAUGCAAUCAAUCGAUCAACAUUCUUGGGUGAACUUCUAUGGAAAUAUAGGGAAACUGCUGCUAUCUCUGGUGUCUGUAUUCUUUGACAUCCUUUUCAUGUGCCAACAUUAUCUGUUAUAUCCUGUGAAGAAACGAAAAUUAGAGGCAUCUCCUGAACGUGAUAGUGCCAAGUCUUCAGAUAAACCAUUUGAGAAUGUCUAACAUGGAACUUGUGUCAUGAUUUCUCUUGUAAUGAACUCAAUCCUAAUUGAUCCUUUUGCAUUGAAAAUUCAAUAACCGUAAAUGCUAUUAGUGUAUAAAGAUAAAAGCAUCAAACAAAAAGUUGUUAGUGUCCUUAUCAUUUUCUUCUUUAAUUUCCAACCAACUAUUCACCCUCUAUAAGUAUUGGAUUGUGUGGCGAUGUGAGCUGAUAUUGUUUUGUA